UCAACAAUGUUUCGUAGAAAGAUUUUUUCCAUUUUCCUUAACGCUGUGAUCAUUCAGAACAGUGUCUCCCAAAUACUACCAAUCAGCAGCGGCUGCGGCUGCCAGCAAAUGCCAGGACAGCAAAACCUGCCAGUACCCGUCCAGGUUUCCAACAACUGUGGCUGCCGAAACAAUUUACUAAAUCUACCAAAUGGCAUCCAAAUCAACAACAAUCUACAACUCGCCAAAAACCCAUGCAUUGCAAACAACAUACAAUUGGCAAACAUGCAAAAUUUACUGGCAAUAAGCAACGGACUUCAAGUGGCAAAUGGCUUACAAUUAGCCAAUCCAUUGUCUCAAGAAUUAUUGGCACUUUUGAAUAACGUGCCAGUUUCAAAUUGCCAAAACAUGCUGCAAGUAAGCUUGCAAGCGCUAUUGAAUCAACUUGGCCAGCAACCGAAUUGCCAAUGCGGUUGCCAGUCAUUGGCAUCGAAUAUAGGUAACAGUCUAAUUAAUGGCAACCUGAACGUAUUAGGUGUAAAUGGCAUGCAAAAAGCUAUUAGUAACUUGCCGUGCCAGUCGGUUGCCAAUCUGCAAGUGGUAUCGGGCCAGCAAGAGGUUGUACUAAACGGUAAUCCUUACCAAAGUUGCCAAAAUAUUGUAAGUAAUCCUUGCCAAAAUGUUAUCAACCCCUGUGCGUGCCAAAAUGUUGUAAGUAGCCCUUGUGCUUGUCAAAACAUUAUAAGUAGCCCAUGUCAAGCCAGCCAAAAUGUCAUAGGUAACCCCUGUCCAUGCCAAUCGUGCCAGAGUCCUAUGCAGUUUACUAUUUAUCAAUAAUUGGUCUAUUGUUAUAUUUAUUUUUAGGGUAAGACUUAAAUUAAAUAAAUUAUUGAUUUCGUUCGUCA